AUGCACCGUCUCCUCCUCUGUUCCUUCUUCCUCUUUGCCCUCCUCGCCGUGGCAGGCUCGAACCCCAGCUCUACGGGUCUGGCCAAGCACGGAUUAACGAGCCACAUCGCCAUCCGUAUCAAGUCCCACCGCGACCUGUACCAAAGGCUAACAACGAGCUGCCAGGUAGACGGCGCUGGGCACCCUCAUGACCCCGAUGUCCUUGCUGCCGAGCCUGCCAUCAAGGGGGACCCCACGGCUACUCCGGCCAAGAAGCCACCUUCGAACCACCUGCGUGUAGCUACUUUCAGCGCUCGAGUUGGAGAUCCGACUACGCUACCUCACGACGACCCGGCCUACGUCCCUCCUCUGUGCAACGACCGAAACUAUGUGUGCUACUACUUGCAGGCCGGUAUUACGCAGGAUGGAGGUCCCCCACCCCAGCAAAACUUUUCGCGCAAAGACAACACCACCGUACUCGUCUACCGCUACUGGCAAGGCAGCGUGCACUUCCAUGGCUCAAAGGGCUCGGCGCUGGUGUAUGCGGCGCAUGGCUGCAUUCUCCUGUGCGCCCACCAAGGCAUGGCCACGCGUACACUGAUUACACAACAAAAGGCUGUUGGACAUCCAGGCGACAAUCAGCUGUACUGCGCUGUCGACCGGGUGUUGUACGAUGAUGUCGUCAUCUAUAAUCAGUGA